AUGUCGGCUCCUCCGCCUCAACCUCCGACCUUCUACCCGCCCACCUACGCCUCGAGUACCGCCCUCGGCGCAGCAGGGUGGGGCCAAGAUCCCGCCGCCGCCGCCCCGAGCCUCGCCGCCCAGGGCCGCAACCGCUCCGGCAGCAUCUACGUCGACUCGGCCGCGGGCGGCGCGCACGACUACGACCACGACAACUUCUCCGACUCGCCCGCCUAUGACGACUCGUCCUUGCCGCCCGAGCAGGGCUCGUCUCGAGGCGGCCCAGGCGGGUACGGCGACGCCGACGCCGACGUCGACGGCGAUGCAGACGGCGACGGCGGGCCGGGCGACAAGAAGAAGGCGACGCGCGGCGCGAGGGCCUGCCUGUUCUGCAGGAAGCAGAAGAUGAAGUGUGUCGGCGGCGAGGACGGUCCGCCGUGUACGCGCUGCAAGAAGGGCGGCAAGGAGUGCAUCUUCGAGGAGAGCCAGCGUGGCAAGCGCAGCAACCGCAAGACGGACGCCAUGGCCAAGUCGCUCAAGUCGAUGGAGGCGAAACUCGAGUCGGUCCUCGCGUCCAUCUCGAACCCGGGCCUCCUCGCCGGCUCGGGCGGGCUCGUCACCGACGUCUCGCAGGCCAUGCCCUCGGCCCCGCUCAACUCGGGCCCAGGCGGCGCAGAAGGCCGCGGCGACAUGCACGCCGGCGUCGACCCGUCCGUCGUCGCCAACGCGCUCGAGAACUUUCGCAACGGCGGCGCCGGCGGGUCGGGCCCGGGCAGCGCGUCGGGCCGUCCGCCUCAAGUGCGCCACGACUCGGAGAGCGCCAUCACCCGUCGCGAGCCCAUCGUCCUCCCGUCGAUCGCCCAGACGGACGGCGUCCGGUUCGACAUCGGCGGCGGCGUCGGCGCGCACAGCGACAUCGGGCCGAGCCGCACCGGCGGCCACCCGCUCCACACCUACGCGCCGCACCCUCUCACGCCCAACGGCAACAACCUCGCCCUGACGCCGGGCAGCGCCGGCACCGGCGUGUCGCUCCCGUCCCUGCCGCACAGCACCUACCCGUCCGCGCCGCAGCCGCACGCCCAGGCCCACCCGCACCCUCUUCCCCACCCGCACCACCCGCACCACCCGCACCAGCAUCAACAUCAGCACCCGCACCAGCACCAGCACCAGCACCAGCACCCGCACGUGCACUUCCCGUCGGGCCUGUCGGCGCCGGGCUCGGGCAGGAGCCCUGCGGCCGGGAGCAGCACGAGCAAGAGCUCGCCGCUCGAGUGGAGCGGCGUCAAGGACCCGAACGCGACCGACGGCAGCCCGAGGCUGCACAGCCUCCCGGACAAUACGCUCAACCCGCUCGGUCUCCUCGCCGAGGCGUCGCUGCGCAACACGCGCAAGCGUCCCGUCGACCUCACCGAGGAGUACGACGUGACGACCGACGACAUGGACGGGCCGAGCGUCGGCGGGGCGGGCAAGGGCAAGGGCAAAGGGAAGGGCAAGGGCAAGGGCAAGGGCGCCAAGGGCAAGGAGAAGGAGGGCGAGGGAGAAGGCGAGGGGGACGAGGACGGCGACGAGGGUCCCGAGCGCAAGAAGCGCAAGAAGGAGCUCGGCAUGGCCAACCGCAACUAUUUCGCCCCGGGCCCGAUGAACAUCCUUCCGCUCCGCCGCAUCGUCAUCGAGCAGCGCAUGCCGCCGGCGCUUCUCGAGGAAAAGAUCCUGUCGGUCGAGGAGGUCGUCGAGCUCUUCCAGCUCUUCUUCGAGCAUUGCUCGCGGCACUGUCCGUUCCUCGACCCCGAGAUCCACACGCCCGCCGCGACAGGCUCGCGCUCGCCCUUCCUCUUCACCUGCAUCUGCACCGUCGCCGCUCGCUACUACACCAAGCGCACCGACGACCUGUACCGCAAGUGCCUGCGCAUCGCCAAGCGCGUCGCGUUCGACGUCAUGAGCAAGGGCUACAAGAGCACCGAGAUCUGCCAGGGCUUCAUCCUCUUGUGCAACUGGAACCAGCCGGCCGAGCGGUUCGAGGAGGAGCGCACCUACCAGUUCAGCGGUCUCGGCAUCCGCAUGGCGACCGACCUCAACCUGCACCGCAAGACGAUCGCCCAGUUGCCGCCCGACGUGAGCGACGAGACGCGUGUCCUGUACGAGCGCGAGCUCCUCAACCGCGAGAGGACGUGGAUGUACUGCUACAUCAUCGACCGCUCGGUAUCGACCCAGAUGGGCAAGCCGUACGCCAUCUCGAAGGAGGACUUUCUCGUGCGCAACGCGACCAACUGGUGGCGGUCGCCGGGCGCCUUGCCGUCCGACAUGGGCCUGAGCGCCAUGGUCGAAGUCCUCCGUAUCGUCAGCCGCAUGAUCGACGUCUUGUACUCGGACACGCGCUCGGUGUCGGGCCUGAACGCGCACCUCGACUACCCGAUGCUCAUCCGGGCGUUCCUUCAGCAGCUCGACCAGUGGCGCCAGGAGUGGAGCGACCCCAAGUUUCAGGAGACGGACCAGGACGAGGCGUCGCUCCGGACGCGGUCGAUCGUCCGGGACUUCUAUCACUCGUACUACCGCCUCUUCCUCCUGUCGUUCGCCGUCCAGCACGCCCUCGACGACCCGUCCUCGUCGAUCGACCUGCCGAGCUACUGCGUCCUGUGCUUCGAGGCGGCCGAGCGCAUGAUCGUCAUCCUGCGCGACUAUCUCGGGCCCCAGGGCAUCCUCCGCUACGCCAUCGACUCGACGUUCGUGUACGCCAGCUACGCGGCGACCUUCCUCCUCAAGCUCGUGUCGCCCACCUUUGCGUCCUUCAUCGACGAGCAGGCGGCGAUGCGCCUCGUGCGCGAGACGGCCGACGUCCUCGAGGCUGCCGCCGUCGACGAGCAGCACACGCCGGCACUCUACGCCUCGUUCCUGCGCACGCUCAUCGACAACAAGCUCAACGGGCCUCGCACGGCCGCCAACUCGCGCGCACCGACCCGGCCCGGCUCGCCCAACCCGUCGGGCGCUCAAGGCGGCAUCUACAUCAACAACCUCGCCAUGGCCAACGGCGCCGGCGGGCACACAUCGGGCCACAAUGGCGGCGGGCCCACGAGCGGCGGCAACGGCAACGUCGUCGAGUCGUACCUCAAGAGCCGCGCACCGUCGCUCGGGCCCGAGUUUGCGAGCCUCGCCAACGCGCAGGGCGUCGCCGGCGGUAUGGGCGGCGAGUUUGGUGUCGGCAGCAUGGGCUUCCCGGCCGAGCUUGGCGGGGCCAUGUUGGGCGGCGAGUUCGGCGCGUUCGGCGAGACGAACGGCGGGUUCGACUCGCUCAUGGCCGACGACAUCCUCUCGGCCAACGGCUUCUGGUCGAGCAUGCUCAUGCCUGGCUUUGGCGGCACCUCGCUCGGCCUCUCUGGCGGGUCGGGCACCAUCCUCGGCAACCCGCACGACCCCUUCUCGGUCACGCCCUUCCACUCGCGCCCACCCUCGCCGACGGGUGGUGCCCGGCCGACGCCCGGCGGCGGCGCGGCGCCAGGAGGCGGCGGCUACGACUUCUCGCUCCUCGCGUCGACGCCGGCGGCCGCCGCCGCCGCUCCCGCCUCAAGCAACGCGCCGCCCGUACCGGCACCUCCAGCUCCCGCACCCGCACCUGCACCUGCACCUCCUGCCGCCGCGUCUGAGCCUGCGCCCGCACCCGCACCCGCGUCGGCGGAGCAGGACGAGCACACGGCGGCGGCAGAGCCGGCUCGAGAAGGCGAGGGGGCGUCGGCGGGGGAGGCGAUGCCCAAGGUGGAGGACGGGACGGACGGUGCGCCGGCUGAGGGUGCGUGA